AUGGCGCCUCUGCGAUCCUUAUCCUUUCUAGCCCUCCUUCUUCCCCUGGGCAGUGCACUAGCCCCAGUGAACGAAUUCUUCAACAUAACGAUCUUCCCGAAUGAACAAAAGGCCAAUGUCACCCGGUAUCUAAAGGAAGCCGCAGCGCUAGCGACAGACGGCAGCAUUCACCAAUACUUUCAAGACCAAUGCAUCGUGCAGCAGGUGUACCCGCCCCUAUUCCAGUUCCAGACUGGCUUCGUCGCACCUUUUUCGCCAUUUGACAAUCUCUACUUUAUCGGGCAUAGCGGCGUGUCCUCAUGGGCGUACAACACGACAGAGGGUAUUGUUGUGGUCGAUGCCCUCGAUAACCAAGAGGAGGUCGAGGCGAUUCUAAUUCCAGGCCUUGAGAGGUUUGGGCUGGCAGCGAAGGAUAUUAAGCAUUUAAUUAUCACGCACGAGCAUCUUGAUCAUUACGGGGGCGCGAAGUAUAUCCAGGAUACAUUCGGCCCGGCUGUGUACGCGUCGGAGAAGGCAUGGCAGGGGAUGAAAGAGAUGGGCCUUAGUGCCAAUCCCCCGGUUCCCACCAAGGACAGAGUGCUAGAAGAUGGUGCAAAGCUUACGGUCGGAGACGUAACGUUCCAUGUUGUCCUCACGCCCGGACAUACGCCAGGGACUUUGUCACUUAUCUUCCCUGUUGUUGAUCAUGGAAGAUCGCAUGUAGCUGGGAUUUCCGGUGGUACUGGAACACCGAAAGACGCAGUCUCGCGUGAGCAGAAGAUCAGGUCGCAGUACCGGUUCUCGCGGAUAUGUAAGGACUUGGGGGUUGAUACGCUUAUUUCUAACCACCAGGUCGCGGAUCAUGCGUUGUGGCAUGCUGAUAUGCUGACACAUCGUGCUCCUGGGGCUACAAACCCGUUUGUGAUUGGGGUGGACAAUUUUGAGAAUUAUAUGAAGAUCAACGCCAUUUGCAGCAAGGUGAUUGCUGCGCGGGAAGGGCAGAACUUGCAGGUUUGA